GGCUGGAACGCCCAACCACGACCUUCGGCUCUGUGCGCGUUCGCGGAAUGGCUCUCGUUGACGUGCUCUUGAUAAACAGGUAGAUGCCCAUCUUCCUGUCGCCUUCUUUUCUUGGAGCGCCGCGCAUCUUCACGCAGCGCAGUGACUCACCCCUCUCUGGCUGCCUUCCUGCACGGUCGCAUUUGCCUGCUCUAUUGUUGCUCAGGUUGCUUAGCUCCGAAUCUCCGUGCGUCGAAGUGGCGCGCUUCUGCCUUGGGCUGCCAGAACUGCUGGGUUCGCCUCUACAAAUAUAUGGUUGAGGAGCCGGCCAGGCACUCAAAUCUGCCACGAGCCGUCUCUACCUCUACCUUUAUCCCUGUUUCUCGCGGUUUCUAUACCGCAACCAGGCCCUGCGCGUGGCCCAUCGACCUCGUGGACUCCCUGAGACAGUCGGCGGUUGUUCGAGACCUCUGGUUGGGAGGUGUGAGGCCGUGCGACGCUCGAUAUCCUCAAGACAGAGUCCGGUGACGGAACAUGUCCACCUAUCGCAGACGACCAGAGGUACCCGUCGAGAGUUCAUGGCGCAUGGUUGAGGGCGAGCACGAUAGCUUUGAUACAUCGAUAGUCCCAGACGACGAGGACAUUAUUCUCUCCAGCGACCCGUCCCAGCUUUCCUUUGGAUCCGCCGGGCUGAGCUUCGGUAACUCCCAAGACGACAACCUACAGAACUUUGUGAACAAGGCCGAGGACGAGAAGGUCAUCCUCAGGACGCCAUUCCGCCCCUCGGUACCUCCAUCUGUCAGACACGCCUCGACGGGCGAGCUCAGGCAUCCCCACUCCCCGGAUCCCGAGUUCUACAUGCCUACAAUCUCGGUGGACAGCUCCCGUCGGGGGAGCUCCAGGUCGGUGGCGACCAUCAGGGCGGGAGAUGGACACACGCUGCGACAACGACAACCGCUGGGCGACAUCAGCCCGAGAGCUCGGCCAAGGGCUCGGGAGAGUCGGCGGGCAGGCCCCGAGUCCGAAGAGGCAGAUCUAGGCGGACGGCUCGCUAAUUCCGUGCCGGCUGCCGUGCUUGACGUCUUCGGUUGGACUUUCGGCGUUGUCGGACAGGCGUUCCGGUAUCUACAAAAGCCCUUGGCCGUCGUCCUGGCCAUCUACCUAUUCUUCGGCGGCCUCAUCAUCGCUCAAAACAUGGCAACAAAGUCUCUCAUGACCUCACUAUCCCCGAUAUGCCGCAUCCCCGGAAUGUCAUGGCUGGACCUACCUUUUUGUCCGAACAUCGUCCCUAGGGGGGCGGGGAAGGGCGGUUCGGGCGGAUUCCCAGUCGAGUUUGAAGGUCUGAUGAACAUCCAGGACCGGUUCGAGGAGGUGCUCGAAAAGAGCGUGCAAGGGGCCGACCUCCCCAUGGAGAUGAGGCGGACCGAGAUGGCGGUGCGCGAUCUCCGCACCAUGGUGCGUUACAGCCACCUACAGAGCAAGGACGAGCUCCUGCUCGAGUUUGACGGCUUCAUCAAGGCGGCCGGGGCGACGUGCAGCGACCUCACGCGCUUCAACACGCGCGUCGGCUCGGCGAUCGACUCGGUUAUCAGCAUCAACCGGUGGACGUCGCGAUACAUUAGCAGCCUGACGACGGAGAAGGAGUCGCAGGGGUGGGUGUCGGACGUAGCGGCGUGGGCGCUGGCGCCGUUCCAACCGGUCGUGCUCUCGGACCAGGUGAUCCUGGAGCAGUACGUGGAGCACACGGCGUUGGUGUCGGACAAGAUCGCGAGCCUGGUGGUGGAGGCGGAGGCGGUGUUGCGGACGCUGGGGCGGGCCGACGAGCACCUGGGCACCAUCUACGACUUUGUGACGCGGACGCAGAAGUCGGUGCAGUCGCGCAAGGGUGAGAUCCUCUGGACGCUUUGGACGCUCGUCGGGGCCAACAACCGGCCGAUCCACAACCUUAACGAGCAGCUGUCGCUGCUGCGCACCGUGGACGGGCAGCGCGCCUCGGCGGUCCGGCAGGUCUCGGACCUGGUGCUCGAGCUCCUGAGCAUCCAGGCCGAGCUCGGCGACCUGCGCGACCGCGUGGCCAGCCCGGAGCUCGCGCAGGCGAGCAACGGCGGCGGUCGCAACGUGCCGCUCAGCGUGCACAUCGAGACCAUCGACCGCGGCGUCGAGCGGCUCGAGCAGGCCCGCGACCGCAUUCGGACCAUUGAGGACGACAAGGUCAGGCAGGUGCUGGCUCGGGGCCACCAGUCGGGCCCGGCGGACGGGAACAUGAUUGAGUCUUCGUGACGGGUCGGGCGGGCUGACUGGACUGCUUCAUUUUUCAUUCCUGGUUUCUUUUUUUUGAACGCGAGUUGAGUAAAGGAGAAACAUCGAGGCUCACGCAUCGGUCAUUGCCCUUGGUUGCUUGGAAUCCCGGGACGAUACUACAGACAUGGAAGAAGGGACUUGGAUCUGGUGUUUUGGGAUUGUGCAAGCUUGGAGAGAAGAGAUGACGCCGCAGCGGCCGGUUUGUGUUACCUUGUAUCCCAUCUUGGAUUAUCGCCGGCCGUGCAGGUUUUUGAUAACAGCGGGCAGAGAUAAUAUCCCACGGAAUACCAACCCAUGACUAGGGCUAGUUUGUGACGGAUGCUCGUGUGUGGCUGAUAGGAUUGAUAUCCGCAGGCGCCAGAGUAAUCCAGAGUUCCUGGUCAUCUUAUACACAGGGUCAAGACGAUCUAGUGUGCCAUCUUGUGCUACGUUGUGCUGCAGGAGCCGUUUUCUCGAGGUUCACUAUCAUGCCCCCUUCUCGUCACUAGCGUACCUAAGUAGUUCGACAUUGCGACACAAGUACUACCUAGAACAGGAUCAAAUGCCGUUUUUAGUGCAGAGCCAACCUAGCUAUAAAAUCCUCAGAUCAACCAUAUGCUCAAAUAUCGCAUGCACUUCUGUCAGGCGGGUUCUGGGUCCCAAGUAUUCUGCUCUUCCUAAUCUAGAGUAGCCCACCCGAAUACGGCGGGACAAUACCGGCCCAAGACAGAAGGCUCAACACAAGAUUGUCCACGCACGCCGGAAAUUCCUGCCGUCGCCAGCUGCAAGCCUUCGGCCAUGCCCCUGGGUCUGACCCCUGGGCCGGUCGCUGGCAGUUCCUGGCUCGUCCCUAGCGCGCAGCCCCUGGGACAUGGAACCGUGUACUCCACAUAGUCAGCAACAUCUGGUAGCCCGCCAUCAACGUCGGAA